CCUCUAUCGACGAAGCAUGUAGGCCAAGAAGCCUCUCUGGGCCUAGCUUACAAGAACCUUUUUGUCACUUCCAACUUCAGCGUUGAAACAAAAAUGGAAGAAGCCAGUGGGGUACUCGUGGAGAUAUCCUUUGAUGACCUUGUUUUUUAUGAACGCUGUGGAGGUGGAACAUUUGGCAGUGUUUAUAGAGCACUAUGGAGGUCCACAAAUCUUGUUGUGGCUGUAAAGAGGCUGCUGGUGUUGGAAAAAGAGGCACAAGUUUUGAGCUUUCUAAGUCAUCGAAAUGUCAUCAAAUUUUAUGGAGCUGUUAGUCAAGCUCCAAACUACUGUCUAGUCACUGAGUUUGCUCCCAAUGGCUCAUUGUACUCAUACAUGCGGAAUCCAGAAAAUGAAAUGGAUUUCUUGCAGAUUGUAAAGUGGGCAACAGAAAUAGCUACAGGCAUGAACUACUUGCAUUGGGAAGCUCCCGUUAAAGUGAUCCACAGAGAUCUCAAGUCCAAAAACGUUGUCAUUGCUGAGGAUUGGACAUGUAAGCUUUGUGACUUCGGGGCUUCAAGAUUUAUUGGCAGCACAACUAAAAUGUCUCUUGCUGGAACGUUUCCAUGGAUGGCACCAGAAGUUAUACAGAGUUUCCCUGUCUCAGAGUCUUGUGAUACCUGGUCGUACGGAGUGGUGCUUUGGGAACUUUUAACCAAGGAGGUUCCUUUCAAUGGGAUUGAAGGAUUCCAGGUUGCAUGGCUUGUGGUGGAAAAAGGAGAGCGUCUGAUGGUUCCCAGUUCCUGCCCUCCUAGCUUUGGUAAAUUGAUGGAGCAGUGCUGGCAGCUGGAUCCCAAGCUCAGACCUACGUUUAAACAAGUUCUUUCUCAUUUGAAGUCGAUGUCUGAAGAUGAGUCUUUACCUGAUUUGACCAACUCCUUCCUGGAUCACAAAGGAGUUUGGAAAAAAGAGAUUCAGGCAACCCUAGAGAGGCUGAAGAGAGCAGAAAGAGACAUUAGCCACAGGGAGCAGGAGCUUAAGGAGAGAGAAUUGAAACUGAAAGAAAGAGAAAGAUCGCUUGGACAGCAGUUUAAUGUUGUGAAACUAGACGACUAUGAUGUUAAUACUUGGAGAGAUGUAGAUGUGUAUCAAUGGGUAAUGCAGCAGAGGACUUCAGGCCAUACAGCUGACUUAGCUCAGUAUGCAGACUUGUUCCUGACUAAUCACAUCACUGGACGUCGGCUCCUGAGGCUAACACCAGAGGAUUUGAGGAGCAUGGGAAUUUCCAGUGUUGGGCACGUUCUUGAUUUGCAUUUGGAGAUAGAAAUGCUGAAGGCUCACAACUUUCGACUCCUGAAUUUUCCGCCACUUUUGAAGCAGGAACCUUCAAGUCCUGAAAAGGAGAGCAAAGAGUCUGUGUCUAUCAUGCUGAUAUUUGGUCAUCAUUUGAGGAAGGGCAUGUCUCCUGAG